ACACAACAGCUGCCACUUCUUCGACAUCUAGACACAACACAAUAUUUCGCGUAUACCUAUCGCGCACCACGAAUUACUGAUGGCCUACUAUCAACAACCGUUAUCGCCCCAGGGAAGGUACAAGGAAGACCAGCACGAAGAUCCUUAUUAUGCUGAUCGCCCGCACCGCCAGACGCUUAGCGUUCGAGACCACGAGCGGGACAGGGACAGGGACAGAGAUCUGCGGGACCACCGCCAUCGCUCUCAUCGCUCAUCCUACUCUCCAGCUUACAGGGGGGGGUCCCGCUCUAGAUCCCGCUCGCCUCGCCGUCGUUCACCGCCCCGGGAUGCCCCCAGAGGACCACGAGGCUAUCACCAUCAACAAUCAGGCUACCGGUCACGCUCCCGAUCCCGAGACAGAGCACGUAGCCGUGGACGAGAGCCAAGAGGAAGAGGUUAUUACGACCGCGAUGCCCCCCGUUCCAGAAGUGGGAGCAGAGAUCGAGAGUGGUACGGGGGACCAGCAAGCAGAGAUGUCAUAAUAGAUGGACUUGGACCGGAGAUGGAUGACGAAUACGUUGUUAACCCUCCCCUUUGGACUGAUGUGCCAAUACUUUGGGCAUAAUCGCCCAUCAUCACCACAAUCACUACCGUCACCCUGAUUUUCACAGCUUGACUGUUUUCUCCUUUUUUUAUCUGCACCUUUUUUAGAUGGACCUCUGCUGAAAGUUUGGCCUGGGGGGUCUCUUACGGCCGUCGAGGGGAUCGCAGAUUAUAAAAGAACUUAGACAUGAACUGCAUGUUGAGGGUAUUGAAAAAGUGGCCGUCAUUAGGGAGCGAAAAACUGGUACCCAAACACCCCCCAGGCUCGCGUAUUUUUUUUACCAGGAACUAAACAGGGGGUUUGGCGAUCCAGGCAUAUCACGACAGUUUGCUUUCAUACACUUCACCACAGUUCAACAGUCCAGGGCCUUUUUGGAGCAGUAUUAUCCUACUGUUAGUUUAGGUCCCUCAGCUGAUAGAUGUCGUAUUGCCUUUUCGAGGGAACGCGAUGAAAGCGAUCGGAGAAGCCGCAGGCGAGAUGACGAGGAGGAAUGGAAAUGCAGAGUUGUACGUGUUUCCGCACCUCACACGCUUGCCCCCCAAACCACCAAAUGCUAACCAACAGAUGCAGUGUCUUCUAGUAAAUUACCCGCGCCGUCAGGAAUGUUUCCGUUGUCAAACUCCAAAAUCAGGUACGAUUCACCUUGAAUAUCCAAACGCGUUAUUGGUUUCUAAGAAAACCUUCAGAGCUGAGUGUCACUGGGACUUUGACACACCCUACUCCUACGCACUUCACCAACGAUGGGGAGCGUGAUAUGACUACGUCACCACCCUCCCAAUUUCUCCUGUUCCGCAACCUUGAAUCUUCGGUGAAUGAAGAGCUCCUCGCCAAGGGAGCCCUCAAACUCACGAUUCCGAACUCCGAUACUCCAGAAAUGUCAAAAACUGGGCCGAUCGGUGCAAAGGAAUCCUCCUUAAAGCGUAUUUUACUAGUACGCGACAGAAAGACAAAUGAGUCCUGGCGAUAUGGAUUCGCCGAAUUCUCGACAGCAUCUGAUGCCCAGGCUGCGCUGGCGGCCUACGCCAAGGUGGAGAAGUUUACCAUUAGCAGUAAACCUGUCACUGUAUCUUACAUUCAUCCUGGAGUCUUUGUGCCUGUCUACAACGCGCCAAAAGGCGCGGACAAAUUCACGUUUACUGCAAUGAGUGCACACGUCGGUAACGGGUUGAGGUUGGCCUAUUGGGAUGAUGACGGAUUUGUCUCCGAACACACCGUGUCAAAGCCAGCGGAAACCAGCGGCGGGUCAGAGGAUGCAGUUAAGGAGAAGCAGAAAGGCAUAAAAGAAGGCAGUGAGGAAAAGGGAAAAGGGAAAAGGAAAAGGGCGGACAAGGAAGUAAUCGGAGCGGCAGUGCCCAUAACUAAGAAAUCUGUUCCAGCACAUCUUCAAUUCUGGCAGAAUCGCCACUCGGAACUUCACGGGAUCCCCACACAAGCACAAGAAAGCAGAGGUGACAAUGAGUCUACAUCCGGAAGCGAAAACAGCGGAUCUGGUUUAUGCGCAAAGAAACGUAAGGCCGAGGAUCAAGCCGACGAAACCCAGACCCCUCAGUCCUUUGCGGACCUGAAGAAGCUGGCUUGUCUCCUCUGUAGCCGAAAGUUCAAAACUGCGGAGAAGAUAUACGAGCAUGAAAGGGUCAGCAACCUUCACCUCAAUAACCUCAAGGAUCCUGAACUACGGGAAGCCGCCAUGAGGAAAUUGACAAAAGCCGGGAUCGCCUUAACCCCUAAUAACGACACGGCGGAGUACAGAGAUCGCGCAAAGGAACGCAGACAGGUAUUCGGAAAGUCCACCGCCCCGCAAUCCUCCUCAUCUAAGAAGAGAAAGAAGGAGGAACCCGAGCUUGAGCCCGAGCCUGUGUUGCCAAGCAGGGGAGCUGCACUCCUAGGCAAGAUGGGUUGGACUUCGGGACAGGGGUUGGGAGUGAGCGGGGAUGGAAGGACGGAGCAUGUUAUUGCCGAAAUGUACACCCAGGGUGUUGGAUUAGGAAUGAAGGGGGGGAAGGUUGGAGAUGUGGAAGAGGUCGCCAAGGGUGGCGGAGGCGGAUAUAAUGACUUUGUCAAGCGGACCAAAGAGAAGGCCAAAGAGAGGUAUGAGGGGAUGCAAUAAGCGGAAGGGAUAGGUCCAUAUGUUUUGCUCUCUACUGUAUCAUGAUUACCUUUUCUGGCUAACUGGUUCAUUUUUCGCGUUUGUAUCGUGCCCAACAUUUGUUUUCCACUUGUUCGCUCAUUUCUUACCCGACCCCCCCAAUUCUUUUCACCCCUUUUUCAAACCCUGCUUAAUGUAAACGUCUCAAUCGAUCAUUCUCCUGUCAUGCAAGUAUCUGUAUUAAAACUACCUGUAUCCAAUCCUAUCUCAAUGCGCCCAAGUAUUCCAAGCACAACCAACUCACGCGAUCGCACAGCAAUACAAAGCAACAGUGUCUGUUCCACCAUCAAUAUAGCCUAACUUAAGAAAUAGGGAAGAAGAAAAAAUUCUCCCAACUAACCCCAUCUAGCCAACUCCAUCCACCAACCCGUAAAACCCACUCACUCACUCGCUCACUCACCCAAACCCCCCGCCACUAUGCCAUACCGGUAAUACUACAUUGGAAGACAAAAAGUAAAGAGUAAGAAUAAGAAUGAGUGAAAAGCCCGAGUAAAAGCCGGGUCAAAGAGGUACGGUACAACAGUACCGUACUAUACGCAGGGUGAGGGGUGAAAGGAGAAAAAAAAGGUAAAGCAAAUCUGAGCACAAGCGAACCAGGAGAAGGGAGUAAGUAGUACUGUACGGUAAGAACGCCACCUAAUAUCAUACAAUUUAAUUCUUUUUAAGCUACCAUAUGAACCCCCCGAGAUAAAAAUGAUGAGAAAUAGUGGUACUGUACAAGAAAUGGAAAGUGGGGAAAAGGAAGGGGAAAGAAAAAAAAAGUGGGGGAAUAAAAAAAUAAGAGGUUCAAUGUUCGGGCUCUGAUUUUAUUAUGGCGAUAUGAUACUUGCGCCCGGUCGACGUCUUCUCCCAAACUUUUUUUCGGGGGAAGAGCAUUUGUCGAAGGAGCUCAUGGCUUUUGACAGAACGAUGGAUGGAUGAAUGGACUAUCACAAUGCUCACAAAGGACCCGAAUGAAUAUGUUCAGGAAAGAAGGGAAGAGAGAGAAAGGAAAGAAAAGAAAAGGAAAAGAGAAAAAAAAACACCCCCUGUGCCGAUAAAACAUGUAAAGAUACAAGAAGUAAAAUGUAAAG